CUCGAACUGAACGCGUCAACAAUUACCAAGAUGAUAAACAAAUAUAAUGAGUCAAAAGGCACAUCAGAACGAAAGGCACCUUGCAGCAUCCAUCAGUACAGCGACGAGGACAAUCGAGGAGUAUAUCAAGCAGCAGAAUCUACCGUAUCCUUCCUUCGAAGUAUACGGGGGAAUCACCCUACCCUGGGAGCUGCAGGGUGCAAAAGAAUCAAUCCUAGAUUCGGCUUCCGAGCUACGAUAUCUGCUCACCGAUCCCGUGAGCGCAUUCUUCGAUGGAGCCAUGAGUUUUACAUCGAUCGCAGAGCAGACGGGCCUGAGGGAGGGGGUGGUCAAACAUGUCCUGCGUCACGCGAUGACCUUGCGGGUGUUUCGCGAGCCGCGACGGGGAUUUGUGGCCCACACCCCUCGGUCGGUGGUGAUAAGAGAUGGUGAUAUAGCACGCUGGAUGGCUUUCUCUAUUGACGAACUGACAGAGGCUAUUCUGUGUGCGCGUGAUGCUAUGCAGAAAUGGCCACGGUCGGAUGAACUCAACCAAACGGGUUUCUCCCUCGCCGAGAACACGGAUCGACCAAUUUACGAGGUCCUGGAGGCAGAUCCUGUGCGCGGGGCCCGCGAGAGUUAUUCGGCCUCGAAAGUAGUAGAGUCAUAUGACUGGAGUCAGCUGGGGGCAGGCCCAGUUGUGGAUAUAGGCGGCUCACGAGGACAAGUUGCGGUGGCAGUGGCCUCGAAAUUCCCAGCCUUGAAUUUUGUGGUGCAAGACCUCGAAAGCACCAUAGCAGGAGCUGAGUGUGAUCUGCCACCUGAAGUCGCAGACCGCGUGAGCUUUAUGGCCCACGACUUCUUCCAGGAGCAGUCGGUUGUGGCUUCCACGUAUUUCCUGCGGUGGAUCCUGCAUAACUGGUCGGACAAGUACUGUAUCAAGAUUCUCCGUGCACUGAUUCCUGCCCUGCGACCGCGGGCAGGGGUCAUUGUCAAUGAGAUCUGCAUGCCUGAGCCAGGAGAGGUUUCUGUGUGUAGAGAAAGGUUGGCACGGACGAUGGGCUUGGGCAUGAUAGGCCUAUUCAACGCCUAUGAGCGAGAUAUAGAAGACUGGACCCGAGUCUUCAAGCAAACGGACUCGAGAUUCCGGUUGCUCGGCUGUCGGCACCUGGACGGUGCGGAAAUGGCUUCGAUCGAAUUCGAGUGGACCGGAUGAACGCGAGAGCCUUCAUGUAGUUGAGAAUACACUGUUGAACACUAAGGUAUAUUGGUUUUGCAGGUAAAAAUAAUCAGAG